AUGGACACGACGCCAGGCCUCCCUAUAAACACCCCAGAAGCGCUGUUGCACGGCCAAACCGCCUCAGGACGCGUCUUGAUGAACUCGUACCUCCUCAGCGUAAUCUUUGACGAAUUACGAGAUGCUAUCGAGAUGCUGGACAACGAUCAACCUCAGUCUUCAAAGGCUAAACGAGAGGCAAGAUCCAAGAUGGCAAAGGAGCUGCUGCCCAUUUCGUGGACCUGUAGAGCCUUUUCCGACGCUGCCAUGAACCAUGUCUGGAGCUACUUGCCUUCUGUUGUCCCAUUAUUACAACUCUUCCCGGGGUUUUGUAACAAGGGAGGCACGAAUUGUCUGUUCAGACUCAACGAACCUGGAGCGAUGGACAGGUUCAAUCGAUAUGCUCGACGUGUGCAGUCGAUCGUAUUGGGCGAAUUUCCCAUCUCAGUCGCGCCCCAAGUCUACAUGCAGUUAGCCCUAAGCUUGUCGGGUUCCCCAUUUCUACCCUGUCUCAAAGAAAUCCGGGUGGAAAAACUGGACGAUUCGACUCUUCCCUGCCUUCAGCUGCUCCUCUCGCCCUCCGUGCGUCACGUCCAUAUCCGAAAGAGCAGUCUGUCCAAAAGCCCCGCGUGUGCCAGUUCGCUCUGGGAGAGCCUAGGGGAUGGUCGGAACAUCCAGACGGUCACGGUGUACCCAUCCACAAUUGCUGUGGACUCGAGGCUCAUCCCGUGGGACGUCGUGUCACGCAUGAAGAGCCUGAAGAGGCUGGAACUACACAUGGCAAACCAUUCAAUUGAUACUCACGCGAUCAAGGUACUACGGGGUCUUCCCAACCUCGUGCAUCUCCUGCUAAAAGUCAAGAAUAUGCCGACGGGAACCCAUCCGCCUCCAAUACCACCCAACAAUCCACAUUCGUCUGCUGACCCCCUACCCAACGCGCCUUCUCUUUCGAGUUUUGGAUUUACCCGCCUUCGUACCCUAACGCUUCCAAUAUGCAGUGGAGCCAUCGCCCCCCAGCUGCACACCAUCCCCCUCUACUCCAUCACUUCCCUCACACUCUUUCUCCAGGCUGACGUGGACACAUCAGAAGUCUGGGAAGCGAUCGGCACCCACCUCCCAUCUGUCGCGCACAACCUCACCACUCUCACCAUCUGCUCGGCGAGUAGGGUGCUAAUCCCACCUGAAGCAUUAGACCUUCUCAUCAGCAUCCCUCGUAUGCGAGGAUUGUUUUUGAGUAGAACAAUCGUCUACAACACCAAGGAUCAAGCAGCGGAAACGGUAGACGAACUGUAUAAGAGAAUGCUUGGGGGCGGAGUAGCGACGGAGGCGAAUUCGAGAGGGUUUGACAUGAACCAGCUCUACAUGCCCCGUCAUGGCGUGGGGCGAUCGAUGAGCUUGAAAUCAUGCCUGUACCUCGCCCAAUACGGCAAACAUAUCGUUCACGCCAGGAUCAUGGUCGACUCUUCUCUAGGCAUCCCCUCCAUCCCGUUAUCGACGACUCCAGAGGCCUGUUCCCGCAGCCUUCUCAAGUUGGAGAUUGUGGACGUUAGGAAAAGGCCAUGGAAGCCAGCAGAAUACGAGCCCAUCGCACUUUUCUUCAACGCGUUGUUUCCCAACCUGGAGAGUAUUCGGUCGAUCUUUGAACCGGAGACCUCGUGCGCUGCACACACCGCACAGCCAAAUCGCCACAACCAUCAAGACAGUUGGAAGCUGAUCGAAUUGCUCAGGCGUCUUUUGUCGUCAGUUUCUGCAGAAAACCAUCUCAGAAAAACCACGAACGGUCGCCAAUUUAGAGACGAGGGUAUGAGCUCCGUGUCCCGAUGUGUCCAAUCACAACCAUCGAUUUCCGUCUGGGCAUUAUGGUGUUUCGUCAAGCCUCAGGAACAUUCUGCAAUCUUCUUAGACUUCUAUCUCGUUCAGCCCUUAUGGCGUUCCCGACUCCAGAAAUGGAGGCCAGAGGAUGAUGACGGAUCCUUGCCUGAGAAGAGAUUCCAGCAGGUUGAGGUUGAGUUGGGAGAUGGCCAAGACAUGGCGGCAAUCUUGGAAGGGUAUAAUCGGCUGGGAACAUGCUGGAUAUAA